ACUGCGACACUCAGAAAUGCUCCAACUAGAGAAAUGAGCAAUGCAAUUAGGUCCUGGAUAAAAUGAUCCCGGCAGAUCAGUCAGGAUAGAUUGCCCACCUCAAGUUAUAUUCCAGUUUUCCGCACCACAGAGUUAAAGAUCACGAGUUUACCGAAGCCCAGAUCUCCAAAUGAAGAACCCUGGUUCUGCAUUUGAUAUUAUUUAUAUCAAAUGUUCCGUGGUGUUCUGUUCUGAAGUUUGCUGCUUUGUUAGUACAUCAAACAUCCUACAUAGGAGCGGCUAGAUUGCAAAUUUUAUUCAUGGAAGGCCAGAUAUCCCAAUAAAGCCUCUCACUGCAGUUGGUAAUUUAUUUGCUUCAGAUUACCGGUGCAAUUCAAUUGACAUACAGUGGCUAGAUUGUGAAUAAGGUCAGGUUUCCCAAUAAAUGUUAGACUAAAAUGGACUUAUCACUAGUUAUCCUAGAGCAACUAGGAAACCAUUAAAACAUUAAGUUGAAUACAACAUGGAUCUGGAAAAGAAUCAACAUAGAUAUCUAAUGUGAUAGUGUAUUUAGCAUUGGAUUAGGAAUCCAUUAUUUGUACUACAAGAAAGUCCUAAACUGUGAUGCAUUAGGAUUACAAUUAUACAGUACUUGAUUCUUAAGGAAAACCUCUAUGGGAGGAUUCCUAGGACUAGUAUUUGUAUAAAUAAGAGGCUAGGGUCCCUGUUAUCACCACCGUUUACAAGCAUUGUGUUCUGCCCAUUCAGAAGCUACAGUUGGUGAAUAGCAUAAGAUUUCAGCCUCGUCUUGUUCCUUGUUCUUGCAGCUGCAUCAAUGGCUUCAGCUAUGGACAUCAAUGGUUGCUGGUGUAGUUGAGAUUCAGGACCCAUGCUCAGACAUAUAUAUCCGCAGCUACGUGGCGUACGUAUAAGGCUAGAUAUCCCAACAAAGAUUUUUGCUUCUGUUUUUCAUAUCAUCAAUAAGUGGGUCAGAUUACCUGAUCUAUAUUGCAGCUUGCUUAGUGAACAAAUAUCCUCUGUCUCAUCGGCAUCAGACACAAAGAUAAUUGGAAAUCUAUAAAGAGUUUUUUAAGAAGCCUGGGUUCCUUACAUAGAUUACAGUUGUCAGAGGGGCUCUUCAGUUUAGUUGUAAGUCUGCAGAGACUUGAGCACCGUUAUGUAUAUAGCAGCUAUAGGGCCAUCAUCAAAAUUGAUGAAUACCAACAUUGGUGAUCUUCCCGAGGCGGUAUUGGUUGAAAUCCUUGGCCGACUUCCUUGCUAUAAAUACAUUGCUCAAUGCAAGCGUGUGUCCAAGCAUUGGUGCACCGUCAUGUCUGAUCCUUCUUUUAUUGGCCGAUUUCUGUGUCUCCAAAGUGAUGGUAAGCAAAUAUUCAUGACCCGUACUUUGAUAAACUUCCGAGGGGAGGAAUUCCUUACUAGGAUGUCAUCGUCCUUUAAGCCGUUAACUCCUUUCUUCAAAACACUCAUGAAUUUCCACCAUUUGAAAGAAGAGCCAGUUGUGGUAGGUACUUAUAACGACUUAGUUUUGUGCUGUGCGAGCCGGUAUCAUCAACGUGAUUACUACAUCUGCAAUCCAUACACAUUGAAAUGGGUUCCUCUUCCUCCCCCUCCUCAAGUCUUUAAGUUCACAGGAGUGGGAUUCUUGUGUGACCUUCCCUACUAUAACUGUAAGAAAAACGAUCUGGGAGGAAAUGACAUCCAGCUUAAUGCUGAUUAUAGGUGCAGAAUUGUGAGACUUGUCUAUCAUCCUGAUGAGAUGCGUAUACCUUCGUGUGAAUUCAAAGUGCAGAUCUUCUAUUCUGAGACAGGUGUUUGGAGAGAGUCAAUUGUAUCAUCUCCAUCAAUGUUUCAUUUGGAUCGGGUCAAUUCAGGCAUUAGUUUUGCUCACAAUGGAAUGCUGUAUUGGAUGAGUUAUAGUGGCAAAUUCCUUAUUGGAUUGAAUCCGUUCAUGAUGGAUAACAGGAACAGUAAUAGCAUGUCUAGUACUAGCAGCAGUGCGGAUGAUGGUGAUGAUAGUGAUCACUAUGAAUGUCGUUUCAUUGAAGUUGAUGGGUCUGACGAUAUUAUACUUAGAUGCGUAGGUGUCUAUAAAGGGUGUCUGCAGAUGGGCGACUAUGACUAUGAUAGCCAUGCUGUUUUUUUCUUGGAGUUGAAUGAAGAAGUCCACAGUGGAGCUGGAAAAUCAUGUUUAGAACUCAGGAAGAGGGUUUAUUCACUGGACUGGGAAAUGGUCCCAGAUGAUAUUUAUGAUCUGAAUAUUCUGUCUUUCGACCCCAAUAACGACGGUACUGAAGGUAUCUUGUAUCUGUAUGUAAGUGGAUGUGAUGAUACGCAUGGAGACAUUUUCAUGUGCAACAUUUGUACAGGAAAGUCUUUGAAGAUAUUUGAAAAUCAUCCGAGGGUUUAUGAGUACUUCCCAGUUGCGGUCCCGUGGUGGCCGACACCAGUCUCUAGGCCACCAGAACGUGAAGCAAAUGCUCUUAUUCCCAGCUCGCCCUAGAUUCUUGCAAGGCUGGAUUGAUAUGGUGCGAACUGAAGAGGAUUGAUUUACGCUGGAGUGCUUGUCUGAUUUACAUCAGUCUCCGACAACAAUAAAAAUACACAUUAAAAAGGACCCUCCUCUUCAAUUUCCACAACAUUCUUCCCAUCUGCCGAUUGGUCCCGAUUUAGUAGCAUCUCCGAGCAAUUGGGGCUUCGCAACAUCUGCAAAGCGUCACUUUCUGAGUUUCCAGGUCAACUUUCAGGUUUUUCAGUUAAUGGCUCCAGUAAUUUUAAAUCCUUUUUCUUGGCGGCAUCACCCAUUGGCUCAACAAUCUUCUUCUUAUUUUUUUUUUUUUUAAGGAAUAGAAAUUGUAUGAAUGGCAGAAUACAAAAGUGGCAGUUCGAGAAAAAUUCUAUCUAUUGUUGCUAUUGAUGCCAUAUAUUGUAGAAAACAAUCCAUGAUCUCCUUUACAGAUUGAAGGAUUCCCAUCACUGAUACAUGAUUCAGCUCUGUUUUUUAAUUGUUGCGCUCCAAAAACAGCA